GCAUCUGACCUAUCUCUGCAAGCUCUUGAGUCCUGCCUAGAUAUUUUAAAAUGUUUGUAUGAGUUGAAAAAUGCAGUCAGUGGUCUCUCCAAGAUGAUUCACAUGCCAGAUGCAGACUUGGAUGUGACAAACAUAAUGCAUGCUGGUGAGUCCAUUACUUUAAUGACCAAUGCAUUGGACUUGAAUUCAGUGUUUGGAAAGGACUAUGGGGCACUGAAAGACAUCGUGAUCAAUGGGAACUCUGCCUCCCCUCCUCUCUCCCUACUCCUGCUGCACAGGCUGCUCUGUGAGAGCUACCGGGUGCUAUCCACAGUGUGCACACAAUUAAUUAAGAGCAUGCCCAAGAACCUUCUCAAGUGCUUUGUGGAACAGACUAGGAAACAGCAUUGUCAUGAGUAUCAGCUGGGCUUCACUUUAAUUUGGAAGGUUGUGCCCAAGACUCAAAUGACGUUCAGUGUCCACACCAUGUGCCCCAUGGAAGGAGAAGGGAACAUUGCACGUUUCUUGUUCUCUCUGUUUGACCAGAAGCAUAAUGCUGUCAACUCAGCCCUCAUAGGUAGCUGGGUAGAUAUAGCUAUUUUUCAACUGAAAGAGGGGAGCAGUGAAGAAAAAGCAGUAGUUUUCUGCUCCAUGAAUUCUGCUUUAGGGAAGAUCCUGUGGCUGGUUGGGAACAAACUCACCAUGGUAGAUGUCCUGCUCUGGCCUGUGCUUCAGCAGACUGGAGGCUGCAGUGCGGCAACACCAGCCAACGGGCAGUGGUGGCUGAGAUCAUGUGAAAACCUGGCACCUUCAACGCUGCUGUCAAGUUCCUUAAGUGAAUUCCAGCAACUGGUUUUAAAGGGUUUUGAUUUUAAGAAUGGGGCUGCUUCAUGCCUAUUGUCAAUAAGUGGACUUGUACUGGAAUCAAAGUCUUUUUAA